AGCAUGGAAAAUAGGAACAAUGUCACUGAGUUUGUCCUCCGGGGGCUAACCCAAAAUCCUAAGGUACAAAAAACACUAUUUGUUGUAUUCUUUAUUAUCUACAUUUCAACUAUGGUUGGAAACAUUCUGAUUAUCAUUACUGUCAUUAGAAGUAAGAGCUUGAGGUCCCCUAUGUACUUCUUUCUUGCCUUCUUGUCUUUUAUGGAUGCUCUCUAUUCCACUGUCAUUGUCCCUAAAAUGACCCUAGAUAUGCUCCAUGAAAAGGCAACCAUUUCUUUCCAAGCUUGCAUGGUGCAGCUCUUCUUGGAACACCUAUUUGGUGGGGCUGAAGUUUUCCUCCUUGUUUUUAUGGCUUAUGAUCGUUAUAUAGCCAUCUGUAAACCUUUGCAUUACUUAGGUAUUAUGAGAUGGCGUGUAUGUGUUCUGCUUUUGGUGGCAUCCUGGAUUGGAGGUUUCAUGCAUUCAUUACUCCAGCUCCUUUUUGUAGUUAGCCUCCCAUUUUGUGGACCCAAUAUCAUCGAUCACUUUGCUUGUGACAUGUACCCUUUAUUGGAACUUUCCUGUACAGAUACCUAUAUAAUUGGGAUCUCAGUGGUGGCCAAUGGGGGGUUAAUGUGCACAAUUAUCUUUUUGCUACUGCUUAUCUCCUAUGGGGUCAUUCUACACUCUUUAAAAGCUCAAAGUCUUGCAGGUCGACAAAAAGCCCUUUCUACUUGCAUCUCCCACAUCACAGUUGUUGUCUUCUUCUUUGUCCCUUGUAUUUUCCUGUAUGACAGGCCUGUCUAUACCUUCCCUAUUGAUAAAUCUCUAAGUGUCUUUUAUACUAUCAUCACUCCUUUGUUGAAUCCUUUGAUCUACACCCUGAGAAACAUAGAGAUGAAAAAUGCCAUGAGGGAGAUUUGGAAAUGA